AUUUCUUCAAGAAAAAAAAAAACUGUUGAGGCGUUUCGCUGGCCAAGUAAACGCCCUCAUCUAGCCUUCAUGUUGUGUCGACUACAUGGCAGUCAUUCGCUGAACUUUAACAAUUUAGAUCCACUGUUUGCUUUAGAUUAGUUUAGUUUAGUUUUUUUUUUCCCCUCAUCGUUUUAUUUGUCUGCAAAGUUUUCAGAAUGAGUACCGAUGACUGUAGCGGUUUGGCGAUGGAAGGGGUAUUUGAAGACGAUGCCUGUGGUGAAACCGACCAGACAUUUAUCGAAAGCUGUGAUGCCUCUAUUGAGGGAAAGGACAUGCCUAUACCAGACUUGGUGGAGUUUAACAAUGAUCCUGGUUCCUUAUUUUUUAACGAUGGUGAACGACGGAUCGAUUUUGUUUUGGUCUAUGAAGAUGAGGACACAAAAGACUUUGAGAAAAGGCACCAGUUUCAGAGACGAAAGAGACGAAGACAAUAUUUUGAAGCUAGUUUGAUGAACAUGGGCUUAGAACUGGAAGCAACAAAGUCUGUUUUGAAUGAGAAGGUUGUGUUUGUUAAAGGCCACACUCCCUGGGAAGUCCUGUGCACAUAUGCUGAGGUGAUGCACAUCAAAAUGCCGAUACAGCUCAAUGAUUUAACGAGCAAGACCUCGGCUUUCAACUGCUUCACCAAGCUCUUCAGUCCCAGUGAGGAUUUAAUUCAUCCCGAAACGGAAUACUUCACUGCUCCAUUUGAGAAGGAAAGGAUAUCACAAUUCUACAUCAAGGACCAGGAACAAUUCUUUACACCAUCUAUGCGAAGCAGAAUUGCAAGCUAUAUACUUACUCGUGCAGAUUAUGAGACGAGAGACAAUGUGAGAAAAUUUGGACUCGGCAAGCUUUUGGAUAGUGGGGUGUACAAGGCAGCAUAUCCUCUGCAUGAUUGCCGAUUCAAUGUAAAGUCAGAAGACCAAAAAUGCCCCAAUGAAAGGUACCUCCUGUACAGAGAAUGGGCUCACCCUAGGAGCUUUUAUAAGUUGCAGCCUCUGGAUCUGAUAAGAAAGUAUUAUGGAGAAAAGGUUGGUAUCUAUUUUGCAUGGCUUGCCUUCUACACAAAAAUGUUGGCAUUUGCAGCAGUGGUGGGAUUAGGCUGCUUUAUCUUUGGAUACCAAACUAAGGAAGCAAGCACAUGGAGCAAGGAGGUGUGUGAUCCCCAAAUUGGAGGCAGCAUUAUCAUGUGUCCUCAGUGUGACAGGGAAUGCACUUAUUGGAGACUCAACAGUACCUGUGAGUCAUCUAAGAAACUCUGCAUAUUCGACAAUUUUGGUACAUUAGUAUUUGCAGUGUUCAUGGCAGUUUGGGUUACGUUGUUCUUGGAGUUCUGGAAACGUUAUCAGGCAGAGCUAGAAUAUGAGUGGGACACGGCUACAUUUCUAGAGCAAGAGGAACAGCCCCGCCCGGAAUAUGAAGCAAAAUGCAUUCAUAAAAGAGUGAACCCAGUCACACAGGACAUUGAACUUGUGCCUUAUUCAAGUUGUGGGAAGUGUAUGAGAGUGUCCUGUGGCAUUGGGACAGUCCUUUUCUGGGUUUUGCUGAUCAUUGCUUCAGUAGUUGGGGUUAUUGUGUAUCGUCUGGCAGUAUUCUUUGCAUUUUCUGCUCAUCUAAGUAAUCUAAAGGAACUAGAACCAUUCAGAGAGUAUGUGACACCUCAAAUGGCGACUUCAGUAACAGCUUCCAUCAUCAGCUUUGUAAUUAUAAUGAUACUAAAUACAGUGUACGAGAAAGUGGCAAUCUGGAUCACUGAUUUUGAAUUACCCAGAACAAAGACUGAUUAUGAGAACAGCCUGACCCUGAAGAUGUUUCUUUUCCAAUUUGUCAACUACUAUUCCUCUUGCUUCUACAUUGCCUUUUUCAAAGGCAAGAUUGUGGGUUAUCCUGGGGAUCCAGUGUAUUGGCUUGGAAAAUACCGGAAUGAAGAGUGUGAUCCAGGCGGCUGCCUCAUUGAGCUAACAACUCAGCUGACAAUUAUAAUGGGUGGCAAAGCAGUCUGGAAUAACAUCCAGGAAGUACUUGUGCCGUGGAUAAAGAAUCUCAUAGGCCGCUGCACUACAAAAGCACAUGAAAAGGUUACCCCGCGAUGGGAGCAAGAUUACCAGCUGCAGCCUUUGGGAAAGCUAGGAUUGUUUUAUGAAUACCUUGAAAUGGUUAUCCAGUUUGGUUUUGUUACCUUGUUUGUGGCCUCCUUUCCUCUGGCUCCUCUUUUGGCACUCGUCAACAACCUGUUUGAAAUCAGAGUAGAUGCCUGGAAAAUCACCACUCAGUUUCGGCGUGUCGUGCCAGAGAAAGCACAAGAUAUUGGGGCUUGGCAGCCAAUCCUUCAAGGGGUAGCAAUUCUUGCUGUGGUGACAAACGCCAUGAUCAUUGCUUUCACCUCUGACAUGAUCCCACGAUUGGUCUACUAUUGGGCUUUCUCUGUGUAUCCAUAUGGGGAUUAUGGAAAUCACACUAUGGAAGGCUACAUCAACAACACACUCUCCAUCUUCAAUAUCUCUGACUUUUCCAAUGAUAGCAAGCCAUUGCGACACCCUGUGUGGUUCGACUCUGAGAGAGAUACCACCUGUAGGUAUCGGGAUUUCAGAUACCCCCCUGGACACCCCCGACAAUAUGAGUACAGCAUUUACUACUGGCACGUGAUUGCUGCCAAACUUGCUUUCAUUAUAGUUGUGGAGCAUAUUGUGUACUUGGCGAAAUUUAUCCUGUCAUACAUAAUUCCUGAUGUGCCAGCAGUCGUGAAACAGCAGAUGAAACGUGAAAACUACUUAACCCAGAAAAGGCUACAUGAAUCUCAGCUAAAUCUGAAGAAACAUGCGGGUCACAUAGCUGACAAGAUCAUUAAAGACACAGAGGGCACGUUUAGGAUAAUGACUGACUAGUUAAACAGCUAUUUUUAAUCUUUGCCAAAAAAACAAAACAGGAAAGUGAACCUCAGCUUGUUAGUCUUAUUAUAGGCUGUUACAUAUUUAAAUGUGCAAUUAUUGUCUAAAUAACUUCUUUUUAUAUUUGUCUUAAAUAUGUUUUAUUAUUAUUAUUAUUACACACUUUGUAACAGCUGUAUUUUUUAAAAGCCUUUUUCUCUCUCUCUCUUUUGGAAACUCAAGUUCUGUAAUCUUAGCUGCAUAUGAAUAUAUAUAUUUUUUUUACUAGAUUAUAAUGAAUACUCUAGAAAGUCUGGACAGCUCGAUUUGCGAUAAAGCAAAAUGUUUAUUUACAGUUAUCAAGAAAUUGGACACAACUAGAUAUGACUUGGCUGAAGAUGGUUUGGCCUGACAUUUUGAGGCACUCAAGAGUAUUCACAAAAAUACAGAUAUCUAUUAUGAUUAUUUCAUAAGACAAAAAGCUUUUCACACUAUAAUGAUUUUGUCCAAGUUGCUAUGCAGCUUAUUUAAAUGAAUUCUGGAAAAGUCCCUAGCAUGUUAAAAAUGUAUUUCAAGGAUAAUAAUAUAUAGCACAUAACAAUUAUAUAUAAGAAGCAUCAAAUAUUGGAAACAAAAAAGUGAAUUAAUACCCAGUCUGCAUAAGCAAGCAUGUAACUUAUGUCUUUUUUUACAUGCUUAAGUCUUAAACUUUAGUGUUGUAGUAUCAUAUGUUUACACUAUCUAUAGUAUGGGAACAGUUGUGUGAAGGGAGUUGUGAUCAUGCGCCUAACAAAAUAUCUUACUGGUUUUGCACUUCCAUUAGCUAUGUAGGCCUCAAAUGUGCAGUUUUGAAAGAAACACGUUUUACGUUAAAGAAAGUUCUCAGUUUCUGUGCCUGACACUUGCACAUCCCUCGAUCAUUUCAGCAAGUAAAAUGCUUGUUCAAAGCAUUUUACUUGCUGAAGGUCAAUAGGGGAAGCAGCCAGCUGGUUAAUGACACAAAAGAAGCUGUUGAAGGGGCGGAGACAUUUCAACCUGCAGGUGAAAUAACCAAGGAAGAGCAACACUAUCUGAAAGCAUAGAUUGCAAACAGUCGUCUCUUUAACGUACAGCAGUACCAGAUGUGUUUUAAAAUACAAAUACACGUUUACUAUAACAUGUUUCUUUCAGAACGGCAUAUUUGAGAGCUGUAUGUGACAAACUGAAUUAUUUGGUUAGCUACAAUUGCUUUAAAUCUGACAUAUCAGUACAGUAUUUAAAUGGCCAAUCGUGGUAUUCUCCAUUCUACAUGUGUGUAGAAAUUAUAGGCUGUGUCUCUCUGGAAUUGCCUCUUUUUGAUACAGACUUAUUACCUGUUUAAUUAAAAGGAAAAUAACAUUGUCUUUUUAUAUCAAGUAUUUCACAAAACCACUGUUAACCACUCUAUGUAAUGCACUAUUUUUUUAUGUACUUUAGCUUUCAAGAACAAAACAUACUAACUCUUUUUUAACUUGUGGUAAUAAAUAGUGGCUGGUCUUGUAUAACAUUA